AAAAAACGAAAAGAAUCGUAUUGGUUUUUGUAACAAAGAAUAAAUCCUCGUUCGCUAAAUACCAUUUUUAACGUUCGUUCGAAACCUACAAUCCCUUAAAAAAAAGACACAAGCAAUCGAUAAUUAGGUUUCCCCAGUCGUGGCGGAGCGGCGUGCUAUUAGAUUUGAUUUGCCCCAGUUCCCCAAUCUGCCUCAGAGUGUCCAGUCGUCAAGCCGAAACCUACGGUCGUUGAAUGAACUUGUAAUUCCGUCUCGCUCUCCGCAUCUAGUUCGCUCUUUCUAUCAUCAUGGCAGACAUCUCAAAGGAAGAUCUUCGCAAAGAAAUUGCCGCCAUCCUCAAGGAUGCCGAUCUGUCGGCCACGUCGGCCAAAAAGGUCCGUCAGGACCUCGAGAAGAAACUGGGCGCUAACAUGUUGCCCAGGCGAAAGGAAAUCGACGAUCUCGUAAUGGAAUUCGUCAAUCCCAAAUCGGGCAAGAAGAAGGGCAAGAAGGCCUCCGACGACGAGGACGAGGACGACGAGGAAGAGGAGGAGGAGGAGGAAGAAGAAGAGGAAGAGGAGGACGAAGACGAACAAUCCGAUAACGAUAAGAAGAAGAAGCGUUCGUCGACUGGCAAGAAACCGGUGGCGAAAAAGGCCAAGAAGGUCUCCGACGACGAGUCCGUCAGCGAGCAGAGCGACGGCGAUUCCGAAGAGGAGUACUCCCCGAAGAAGUCGAAGCCCAUCAAAACGCGCAAACUUCCUCCCAAGAAGAAGAAGGGCUCCGAAUCCGAUUCAGACGAGGAUUGGGGAAAGAAAAAAGGGAAAAAAGGAGGCGGCGGUGGAGCUAGAAAAGGUGGUAGCGGUUACACGAAAGUAAUGACCCUGUCGCCGGAAUUGGCCGCCCUGGUCGGUCAGGACUCGAUGGCGCGACACGAGGUGGUGAAGAAAGUUUGGGCCAUCAUCAAAGAGAAGGACUUGUACGAUCCGAAGAACAAGCAGUACGCCAUUUGCGACGACGCCUUGAUGAAGGUGAUAGGUACGAAGCGUUUCCGUACGUUCGGUAUGAUGAAGUAUCUGAAGAACCACUUCAUCAGCUAAAUGUUUGGUGUGUGGUCGACUAGCGUGCACAAUAUAUUUGUUUCAUUUCGCACUCGCUUUGAGUGAUAUUUAAAGAAAAAAAAAUAAUGGUAGUUUGAUGUUCGUGUUUAUUACGCUAGCCGAUGAUAUCUUAAAUGUUAGAUAUAUUUUUAAUAAUACGUCAUUCUAGGACUGACUUAGUAUUAAGUUAUAUUAAUCCCCAAUUUUAUAAAUAUUCUGAAUUUUCUGUGUUUAAUGAAUUUGAUUAGUUCAGGCACCGUUACUUUAAAUUAUUUCCCUAAUAUAUUCGAGUAUUUGCGUAAAUGAAUUAAAUUUUUUUUUCUAUUAAUUGAAAUAUUCUUUGCUUUAGUUGGCUUGAAUUUUUUUUAUUAUUGACGAGAAAGAAGUAACCGUGUCUGUCAGUCUUUUUUCCUAUGUGCACCUGUAAAUGUUCUGUCAAGACUUACUGUAUGAAGUAUGUGCAGAUUUAUAUUGAAUAAAAGAUCAGUAUGGAUAA